GCAAGCUCCAUUCAGUUUGCGAUGAGCCGCAGUCGUUGAUAGUCGUCCUUUUAGAUAAAACUUUGUUAGAAAGUUAUGAGAAAUAAUUUUCUUCUUUUUUAUUAGAGAACAUUUUUUUUGUUUUUGAAUUUUCGUUUCUUUUGUUUUUUUUUUUAAAUUCGAAAAAUGAUUUCGAGAAAAAUUGAUAUUUAAUUUUUCUUUUUCUUCAAAUUUUACAAAUAUGUAUUUAUCUAUUUGUUUUGUGUGUCAAAAAAAAAUUUCCAGUGAAAAUGUGUUUUUUCAUCAGUUAAAUCAAUCACGAAAAUGGAUUUCAAUUACAACAGUGAAAUUAAUUUUAGAGAAAAGUACUUGUAUAGUUUAGAAAUUUUUUUUUUUUGAUUUAUUCCCAAGAAAGGAUAUGCAAGAGAUUUAUAUCACUUGGAAUUAGAAACAGAUGAAUGUUGUGUAAAUGUAAUGGAGGACAUAAUGUUAACGACCACAGAGGCAAACUUCACGGAAUAUGAUUAUGAUAAAAUUAUCACAAAUGUAUUAUAUCAAAAUUGGAGUAAUAAUAUUUCAUGUGAGGAACUAUUUUCAAAUAGUAAAACUGUACUUUCAGUCACAUGGUUUCAGAUGACAAUUUAUUUUUUAUAUACAACUAUAUUUUUCGUUGCAUUAGUUGGCAAUGGACUUGUAUGUUAUGUUGUAAUUAGUAGUCCACGAAUGAAAACAGUGACAAAUUAUUUUAUCGUAAAUUUGGCUGUUGGAGAUAUACUCAUGGAUUUAUUUUGCGUACCAACAACUUUCAUCAGCACUUUGGUACUUCAAUAUUGGCCUUUUGGUUCGAAACUUUGUCCAGGCGUCAAUUAUUCUCAGGCAGUAUCGGUUUUAGUCAGUGCUUAUACACUGGUUGCCAUAAGUAUAGAUCGUUAUAUAGCGAUUAUGUGGCCAUUGAGGCCACGAAUGUCGAAAACACAUGCUAAGCUACUUAUCCUUGCGGUGUGGCUGCUUGCUCUAAUUGUUUCUUUUCCAAUCGCUGUUGUUUCAAAGUUAGAUCAGCCAGCUGAUCGAUAUAUUGCUUGUGAUCGUUACAUGUGUGAGGAAAUGUGGCCCUCGCCACAACAAAGGUAUUAUUAUUCAAUUUCCCUACUCGUACUACAAUAUCUGGUACCCCUUUUAGUAAUGAUGUUUACAUAUACAAGUAUUGCAAUAAUGGUGUGGGGUAAACGACCUCCAGGUGAGGCAGAAAAUACUAGAGAUCAAAGGAUGGCUAAAUCAAAGAGAAAGAUGGUAAAAAUGAUGAUGACUGUCGUGACGGUCUUUACAAUUUGUUGGUUGCCCUUCAAUGUUUUGAUUUUGGCAGUUGAAAGAAACGAAUCUCUACCCAGAUGGCAAGGUUUUCCAUUCCUGUUCACUGCACUUCAUUGGCUUGCAAUGUCACAUUCUUGUUACAAUCCUGUAAUAUAUUGUUGGAUGAACGCCAGAUUUAGAGCAGGUUUUCUGGCCGCUCUCAGCAGAUUUCCAGGAGUUGGACUUUGCAUUCCUGACUCUGAGCAAAGAACAUUUACCAGCACAGCGGGUAUUCCAUUAACCGGUGUUGAUGGACAAUAUUAUCCUGGUUUAAGAAGAAUGAACACAUGUACCACAUAUAUUAGUAUGCGACGAAAGAUAAAUGGAAGUGAAACACCUGUCGCUAGAAGCGCAAGUUUUCGCUACAAUGAUUCUUUACAAACAACCUAUCAACAACCUCAUCGUCGUUUUUUGAAUAUAACAUCACAACCUGAAGAACAAAUAUAAAAUGCAAUUAUAUGUCAUUUUAUAUAAUCAUCUUUAAUCUACAUUUAAUUAUAUACCAAAAAGACUUUGUGAUUUUUUCUUCUUUUUUUUUAUUUAUUAAAAUUGUAAAUAUAAAUAUGUGAUAUAUAUAAAAUAUAAUUGUGAAUGAAAAUCGUUUAAAAGUGAAUGUAUAAUGGAAAGUAUAUAUAAAAUAGAAUAAUAAUAUAUAUAAAAGAAAAAGACAAUGAAAGUUGAAUAAAAAAUUUUAAAAAUUAUAUAUUAAUUAAUGAAAAAAAAAAAUAACUGUUCGUAUUUGAAAGUGAAUGUAUUAUAUAAGUAUGUGUA